CGUCACCCCUAAUAAUAUACUCUGACAACAGACUGACUGCUGGGGCACUAGAAGUCUGGAACAAAUGGGACUAUAAAUACGACGUGUUACUUUGAGCCACACAAAGACAGACACAAGAGGACAAAACAUUGAACCGAGACCAUGUCACAGGCUGGAGAAGUAAAGAGGAAAAAGCGACCCCCGAUGAAAGAGGAAGACCUAAAGGGCGCUCGGAGUAAACUGGGAUUGAAGGGCGAGGUUAAGAGCAAGACUUAUGAAGUGAUGGUCGAGUGUGAGCGAAUGGGAAAAGUCGCCCCCUCGGUUUUCAGCGGAGUGAGGACAGGAACUGAAACUGUUCUGGAAAAGCCCGGCAGUGCCACCAAAACUCCUGGAGCCAGUGUGUUCAGCAAGUAACCACAUACAGAUUGAAUUUAUUGACUUUACUUGCUCAUUGCAUCACUUACGACGAUCUCUGGACUAAUAUUUGUGAACUGGUUGCGAAUUAGUUUUAUUUGUUAAUAAGCCAUGCAAAUGGUUUAUAGCUAAGACUACAUUUUACCCAUGGCUCAGGAAUGUAGCCUACAUUCAACACUAAUAUUAUGGCUUCUUAAAGUCAUUUGCCUCAUGUAAAAUUACACCGACUGUCAGAGUUUGUACCUAUUUUGAAACUAGGCCUACAUUCUCAUUGAUUACUAUAAACACAUCUUUACAAUGUCUUACCUAUUAAUGCCACAAUCACAAUUGUAUGUGUCAUGUCUAUUUUAUAUUGAUUCAUGUUGAUUAGCCACAUGUAAAUGUUUGUUUCUGAUUCUGAAAAAUAAAAAUAAAAAAUGCCUAAAUUCA